CUGGAUGUUGGUGGGUUUAGGGUUUUUGCUUCAGUGAAAGUGACGUAUAUUUCCUUCUGUUGAAAGAAGAUCUGGAAUCAGCGACGCAUGGAAGGUCGUGUUUCCGCUAAGCUGGUGAAGUGCAGUCGACGAGAUGAUGUUCAGUAGUCACAGAAUCUCCAAGAGGUGCCAGAGUUCUGGUGAUAUCCACGUCGACGAGUGAUUUGGCAGGAGCUUCGAGGUUUAGUUAGGCCAGGGGUCCUCAAUCUGAUUUCCUUUCCGAUUUCCGUAUGUACGAGAAUCUCAAAAAGCCCCUUAAAGUUCGAAGGAGAUUUCUGCUGAAACCUUGGAUGCACGAGUUUGGGACCGAGGAUCCCAAAGGCGCUGUUGCACUCCCGCAGUCAUGUAGCAUCUGGGAUUAGGCGAAUUGGAGCUGCGCGAUAUGAAUGUCUUCAGGAAGAGCCUGGGGGACUCGUGGGGCCACCACCUACGCCUCCACAUCAAGGCCCUGAGUACCUCGGCAAAGGAUGGCGGAGCGGAUAAUGCAGUAGAACAGCUUUGGCAGCAGUUUUUCCUCGAUCCCUCCGAGUGGUGGGACAACAGGCUCGGUAAGAGGGACAAGGGUUAUCCAGAUUUCAAACACAAGUACAGAAACGAGGCACUAUGGCUAGACACUGGGCACGAUUUUCAGUGGGUAGAGACGAAGUUGACCGCACUGUCUCAACACCAGUCCCAGCCUCGCAGUGGAUUGACAUUACUGCUCGACUAUCAUUAUGGAGUUGAUCUCGGAGAUCCUGGAAAACAUAUCGAUUGGAAAGAUAUCUGGAGCUCUUAUGCCAGGGAGCGCAGGCGAGAAUCCACAGGCCACAAAGAUGAUCGAAAGAUCACUGCACAGGUCAAAAUGAUAAGACUCCCAACACCCUGCUUGUUCUCCUGGAGCACAGCGAUUGCAGGGUAUUCUAGAGCUGGACACGGAGAGAAGGCAUUUGAAUUACUGAAGGAAAUGCAAAGGCAAGGCGUGAAACCAGACAAGUUCACCUUUGUGAGUAUUCUCGGCGCCUGUGGUGCUGUAGGAGACUUGGAACGAGGGAGGGCAGUCCACAACGAGAUAAUUAAGAGCGGAGUCAAGAUAAACCUUUUCGUCUGGAAUGCCCUAGUCGACAUGUACAUCAAGUGUGGGAGCAUAGAGAGUGCCCGCGAAGUUUUCGACCGAAUGUGCCAGCGAGAUGUGGUGUCUUGGACUGCGCUGAUCGCAGCCUACGUGAAGAGUGGAGAUAGCGAGACGGCAUUAGGCUUAUUCGACGAGAUGAUUCAGCAGAGAGUUGAGCCCGACAGGAUCACGUAUGUGAGUGUUUUGAACGCCUGUGCUUAUCUCGGAGUUGGAGCUGUGGAAGCGGGCAGAAAAAUCCACGAGCAGAUGAUGCAAUCCUCUUAUUCCCUUAAUAUCUACGUCUGGAAUGCUCUCAUAAACAUGUACUCCAAGUGUGGGAGCUUGGAAGAUGCCCGUCUAGUAUUUGACGAGAUGCAUCCUAAGGACGUAGUUAGUUGGAACACAAUGAUUUCUGGAUAUGCUAAGAUGAGGCGUGGUGAAGAGGCAUUGCAGCUCUAUAAACAGAUGCAGCAGGAACAUAUGAUCCCAGACAAAUUCACGUUUGUUACUAUUUUAAACGUCUGUGCACGUUUAGGGGCAUUGGAAGAGGGCAAAAAGGUUCAUGCUCAGAUGAUCGAAAGGGGUGGUGGACUGGACUCUUACGCUUGGAAGUCCCUAAUACACAUGUACAAUACAUGUGGCAGUAAAGAAUAUGCACGCAAGGUUGUAGACACCUUGCGAACGAGAGUGUGACCCCAUCCUACAAGGUUUAGCGUCAUCUAGGUACCGUGCCUCUCAUCAAGAGCCCAAAAGCUCGAUUUGGCAAGUUUACGAUGAAAAUAAAAAUAUAGUCUGCGGUCUGUCAAUCUAAAUGAAGAGAGCGUCAUUCAUUAUAUAACGAGGAAAUUCAGGAAAUACUUUGCAACUUCUGCCUCAGUUAGGUUGAGUCAGACUACGUG